AUGAAAGUCCAAUCCUUCCAGGUCAGCGCUCUUCUGGCAGUGACCCUUCUCACACCAUAUACCGCAGCUGGGCCGCUCGUCGCCUUUAUCUUGCCCUUCAUACCCUCGUUGGGACCUAUUUUCGGCGCUGUCCCUGCUGCAACAGCACUGGGAUGGGUGGUCGUGAAUAGAGGGCUGUACAUAGCUUCGAGUGUGGUUGUGGGCGAAAUGAUUGCCGGAACCAUCAUUGGAGGUGCUGUGGGGGGAGUCAGUGCCUCGAAUGCUAAGGAAUCCAAGGCACUAGCUGCUGCUAUAUCGGAGGCUUCAGUAUCGUCAGUAUCUCACGAGUCGCUUUCGAGGGCUACUGUGUCGUCGUUGCAGGCGGAGUGGACGCAGAACUCGAUCGCGUUGCAAUCUAGCUCGGCCGCCGCGGUCGCUAGUGUGAAUGAGCUAUUCAAAGCUCCCGGGACAGCACCUGUUGAUACUGCGCUCGAUCCGUUCACGUUCAAGAAGCGGUGGAUGACUGAAACUACGAUUCCGACUGUGACGUCUGCGCCUUCAGCAGCGUUGCUGGAUAGGCGAGGCGACGAGCUUCCAAUUCCACCUGUUGCACCUGUCUCGGCAGUUCCAGCUGAUUUUGUACCGCCGACGUACGCUGGUGUGCCAGAGUACAAUAUCCAUAUGUGCAAGGUUGAUAUUGUGGCUAUGGGGACGGCCGGUCAAAGUCUUGUUAUGAACAAUCCAGCGGAUCGAGUUCUUCGAGUCGACAACGUCCCGUCUACUUGCAUGGUGCUCGCAAAUUUCGUCAUGGGCAAUCCAACUCUGGCACCUUUCGCAAUCCCGAUGGGCGCGGCGAGUUUACAAUGGAACGAUGUAGAUCCUGCUGCUAUAGGGAAAGUGCGAGAGUUUUUUGGUGUUCAAUAG